AUGUUCACCGUAAUUCGCCACGUGACAUUCUCAGUGGGAUCAGCCUACCUAAAAAAACCUAACCAAAAGGUUGCUAACAGGACAGUCGCACGAACUUAUGCUGAUACUCCUAAAAAGGACACUUCGCAUGUUGUGGCGCAGAGUACGAUAAAUAAUGAACACAUCAGAGUGCGCCGCGCUAGACCCGCAGACGUUCCAAGAGUGCUGAGGUUCAUCCACGAACACACGCGCGCAUUCUGGCCCGGACUCACUGCUCCCUCGAACGCCUCGCAGAUUGUUUUAGGUGACUAUGUCUCCCGCGCAUUGGCACAAGGACAUUCGAUGCUGGCCGAGCGCCAAGAGUCCAAGCACAACUGGUCUAAAAUCCGCGCUCUGGCCCUCGGCAUGACGAUGUGCAAAUGGGACGCCACGAUACUAGAGAAGUGGGCACGUUGCGUGACGUGUCCGCGUUCACGCCAGCUUUUGAUGUUCACCGCGCACUGUCUUCGUGCGCCCGCUCUACACGAGAAAUAUCAAGUGAAUAGUAUCUUGCAGGUUAUUUUGAUCGUGCCUCCGGACACACCUCAACGCAAGGAGAUUAUUCAUGCGCUUGCAAAAAGUGCCAUCCAGCGCGGACGUGACGUCGGCUUUACCGUUUUGCGAUUUGACGCAAGCAACGACGCCGUCAUCCAAGCAUUAGAAGAACUACAUCUAAACAGAGAGUGGCAGAUAUUGUACGAUGUUCUGCCAGACGCUAUAAGAGAGAGAGAAUCUGGUUACUUUAAGACCACAGAUAUUAGAAAAUCUAAUGAAGCAAGUACGGGAAGAGACUCUUCAGGUGAACAGGGGCAUUCGCUUGCAGUGUAUACGGCCUUCAUCAAUGAUACUCUUAAAUAA